AUGCUUCCAAUGUCAGAAAUUCACCAACGCCUUAUAGGCACCCAAAACAAGAGAGCUUACCGAAAGAGCGAGUUCUUCGCUCAUAUCCAUUCCAGCAUAUCGGCCUUGACUAUUUCGGACCCUCUCUCAAUAUACUCAGCAACAGGAGCUUAUGAAAAAUGCUAUGGUAUGUUAAUAACUUGUAUGACCACCCGACUUAUUCACCUGGACGUCAUUUCUGACAUGACUACUAGAGCGUUCCUCAACAUGCUUCGUCGUUUCUUCGCACGCAGAGGGGUUCCCCAAUCUAUCACAAGCGACAACGCCCCAACAUUUGAACUAGGUGAAACUAUCUUAAAGGAGUGUCUUCACGCCGCCAAGAGUGAUCCAACAGUGCUCAAAGAGUUAAGCAACAAAGAAAUCGAAUGGCAUUACAAUACUCCAUCUGCCCCAUGGCAAGGGGGGCUUCUACGAGAGGUUAAUUCAAUCAAGCUCAGUCUCGUCAAAACAAUAGGGCGUUCUAUCCUCCCUUUAGAGGAACUAUCAGCAAUUCUGAUCGAGAUUGAAGCAGUCCUUAACACACGUUCUCUUACAUAUGUCACCGUUGAACCUCAUAAGGACGUAUUAUUGAGACCAAUAGACUUCAUACGGGAAGAUAUCCUAGUCUAUUACCCAGUCGGUCAGAAAACGGAAGCAGAGAAGAUCCGCAAUAUUUACCACCGGCGGAAUUGACUGCGAUUCAAAUUAAACAGCAAGCGACCAAGGCCUUGGAAUCGUCUUGCCAACUUGCAGAGAAAUUUUGGAGAGCGUGGCAAACUGGAUAUCUCACAGCACCCAGGGAGAAACAUACCCUCAACGUUGGGAAGAAGCGGGGAUGUUCUAAAUAUCCGAAGGAGGGAACAAUUGUUCUGAUAAAUGACCCCGUAUUGCCUCGCCAUUCUUGGAAAAUGGGCGUAAUUCAUGACGUUAUAGCCAAUGCUCAAGGGACAAUACGUGAAGUCGUCAUCAGACUACCCUCCCAGCGACUUAUUCAAAGACCAAUUUAAUAACUCCACUAGAACUAGACGAUGAUUCGUCAGAGCUUACGAAUCAAUCCGCGGGAAGAGAGAAAUGCUACUUACAAGAUGGAAUGUCAAUUCAACCACAAGCUGAUUCUUUCACUGACAGUAGUCAGCCACAAACAAUGCCACGAUGCAAUUUCCGCAAGAGGAGACCAAUUGAUUAUACCGAGAGUGAAACCGGAAACGUAUCUCACGUACAUACUCCGUCUGACAUACAUACAACGAAUCUUGAAGUAGAUCUCACUUGCAAUCUCAAAAGCAAUCACUUCAAACUCGAUAUUUCAAACUCAACGCUAUUAGAAAAUCACGGAGAAUCUCCGGCACGAUACUCACAAUAAGUCAGAACAAUACUCUAUAUACAAUAUCAAUAACUCAAUAUAGUUCAAUACAUAAUUCCUUUCACAUUUGUUGUCCUAAUUCAAUUACCCCUUUUAAGGUUCCCGGACCAAUGCAGGAGGAAGGAUUUUAUCUUAAGGAAUCUCGCUUCAUGACCAAUUUUUGGCAGAACUCAGUCCCACCAGAUCUUAAAACGGAAAUAUCGCUGACGUGGCAGGAGCUCAAAGAGCAAGUCGAACAAGUAGAGGAGCUGGAUACAUCCUGGACGAGUCACUACAUUAACUCUACUUGCUCCGAUUGCCACCCGCAAAAGCUCAUCCUGAUAGCUAGCCGCUUUCUCAGGAUGGCGAAUUCCACAAAGGACAAGCUUUCACGCCUCAAACAACACUUAUUGCCAAUCGAUUCAUGGCGCUCGAUACUCGAGAAGGAAAAGGAUGAUAAGGAAAGGAUGGAAAAGGACAUCGAUAAGGACAAGAUCACGUUGACGGCUGAUGGAUACAUUCAGAAGGUCGACCGAAUCACCUCGGAAAUCGAGUAUGAACUGGGUCAACUAUUAAAGAAUAUUCCAGACCAAAACAAUAACGUCCCUCACGGCAAAAACGCCACGGAGGCCAGGAGUACUUACUCAGACUGA